AUGCCUAUCUGGCGACUCCCCGAGGGCAAAGCCCGCGAGGGCAAGGGCAUCCUCUAUCUGCCCGACGUCAUCGGCAUUUGGCAAAACAGCAAGCUCAUGGCCGACCAGUACGCUGCCAAUGGGUAUCUGACGCUCGUCCUCGACGAAUUCAACGGCGACCCGCUCAGCCUCAACCGCACUGGCGACUUUGAUUUCAUGGGCUGGCUGCAAAACGGCUCCGACGGAAAAACCCGCACACCAAGGAAGCUAAGCUCGGUGCCGUUGGCUACUGCUUUGGUGCCAAGGUGGUACGUUGUCCGUCACUACAAGGACGGUAUUGAAGUAGGGUAUCUUGCGCAUCCAAGCUUCGUCGACGAGGAAGAGCUCGAGGCCAUUACCGGCCCCCUCUCGAUUGCGGCGGCCGAAACUGACGACAUCUUCCCCGCGGAAAAACGACACAAGUCGGAAGAGAUCCUGAAGAAGACUGGCCAGCCCUACCAGAUCAACCUGUAUUCUGGAGUCUCCCACGGAUUUUCCGUUCGUGGCAAGGUUGAGGUCCAGGUGGAAAGGUUUGCCAAGGAGCAGGCGUUCCUCCAGGCUGUGACCUGGUUCAACGAGUUUCUCUGA